AUGGAUCAAAACAGAUGCCCGUCGAAAGGAGUCUGGAUCUUCUCUGCCAAGGCGAAAAGCCCCAAGGCAUCUCCCAACGACACCAAAAACUUAAAUACAGAGCCCACGCACGGGUGGAUACGAUUGGCAACAAAGUCUCUACUUCUUGUAAACGCAAAGAGUCAAAGUUGCAGCUCGCAGGAUAAGACCGGGAGCUUGAGCAACACCCUGGUAACACCCAUGCGAAGACACAGCAAUGCCAAUUCCAAUGCCGCCCCGUGUAAGAACCACAGAGCGAAAGAUAACGACGACCUAAACGAGAUUCUCUCACUCGUGAGGCACGAAGUAACCACCCACUUCCGCCAACUGGAUGCUUACCCCAAUCUCAUCGGCCCUCGACAGACGGGCAUCCUAGCGUACCUGCGAGCAAUGCAGGGGAUGUGGACCACCCCGCUAGUCGGUAGCACAGUUGCUCCCGGAGCCUGGCUCUAUGAAAUUAGUGGCUGCGCGGCAUGCAUGUUGACUCGUAUCUGCGCCGACACAGACGCUCUGUGCUACCUGUAUGUGGUUGUCAAGAGCCGGACUCGCACCCGCGACAGGGAUCAUCCGCGGCGGCUUAUGGCGUUUAUCGAGGAAUGCAUGGGCUCUCACGGCCCAAAUAUGGUGAGCUUGAUGAAUGAUAUAAUGAGUGCUGAUGCUGUCCAGAUGAAGAUCGUUAGAAAAGCGUGCAUGAAGGCGUGGAUGCUGGAUGUCCGGUUGAAAGGUUCUCUGCCUUCUCAGCGUGAGUCACCUUCCAUUGAAUCUAGGAAGAUAACAGCGGAUGGAGCAGCGAGCUAG